AUGAUAAUACUGUUCAUUCUUUUUCUGCUCACCUUCUCGGUCUUCCGGUUUCAGCAAGAAAGAAACAGGUUUCCUCCUGGCCCUACACCCUGGUUGUUUCUGGGGAAUCUAUUGCAAAAAGAUGUUCUGCCUCUGUUUAAAUCCUACCCAAAGCUUUCUAAGAAGUAUGGUCCAGUUUUUACUAUCUGGCUAGGACCAAAUCCAUUGGUUGUAGUUUGUGGAUUCGAGGCUGUGAAAGAUGCCCUGAUAACUCAUAGUGAGGAAUUUGGAGGACGAUCUCCUAUACCUAUGAUCGAUGAAAUAACCAAGGGCUACCGGAUUAUUGGUAAAGAAAAAAGAUGGAAGAUUCUGCGUCGCUUUACUCUCACCACUUUGAAGAAUUUUGGAAUGGGAAAUAAAUUGAUGGCUGAACGGAUAUCAGAAGAAGCUCGCUAUUUGGUGGAGAAGAUAGAAAGUUUUGAAGAUCAGCCUUUCGAUGUAAUCCCAACCAUCACAACAGCAGCUUCUAAUGUGAUAUGUGCUAUUGUCUUUGGGAAACAAUUCUCUUACAAUGAUAAAAUCUUCAUUCAAAUAUUGGACAUUUUGAAGGCAUUCCUAAAUUUUUUUUUGAGUGUUCCUGGAACGAUAUAUGCCGCUAUGCCAAAUGUCAUGAAAUUCCUUCCCGGACCUCACAAUAGAAUUGUCUCUGACUGGAACAAGAUUUGUGACUACAUAAGGACUAGAGUGGACUCUCACAAGAAGACGCUGGAUCCAGACAAUCCCAGAGAUUAUAUUGAUUGCUUCCUUAUUAAAUUAGAAAAGGAACAAAAUUCUAGCAUUAUCUGUAUGGAAGACUUGGUCAUGACUGUGUUUGAGCUGUUAAUUGCUGGAACAGAGACCACAGCCAAUAUUAUUUCAUAUGGUAUUAUCCUUCUGGCCAGGUUCCCAGAAAUUCAAGCAAAAAUACAGCAGGAAAUCGAUGAUGUUGUGGGACCAAACCGCCAGCCCUCAAUGGAGGAUAAGGUGAAGCUGCCCUACACCAACACAUUUGUUCACGAGAUUCUAUGUUUUCAACCUGGGAGUACUGAGACCUUCCCACGUACAACCACCCAGAAUGUGAUUUUCAAGGGACACGUCAUCCCUCAGGGCACAACUGUUCUUCCAUUGUGGGCUUCAGUGCAUUUUGAUCCUCUCUGCUGGGACAAUCCUGACAAGUUUGAUCCAGCUCAUUUCCUGGAUAAGCAUGAUGAAUUCCAAAAGAAGGAUGCCUUCUUCCCUUUCUCUGCAGGGAAGAGAGUAUGUCCAGGAGAGUCACUGGCUAUAGUGGAAAUCUUCAUAUUGUUUACCAAUCUGCUCCAGAACUUCACUUUUGAAUUGACUAUGGACCCUAAAGAGAUAGAUUUAAAUACUUUGUUUAUAAGAUGUAGACAGGUUGGGAAGCAUCGGUACAUUCGGGCCAUCAAAUGUAAAAUAUAA